AUGGAGAUCACUGUCCCGAACCUGUGCAACCUGUUCGAAGUUUUACGGAACCAUGCUGGGAUUCUCAACGAGAGCAUUGAGCCCCAGUUCAUUCAAAUGGCGUUGAAUUUUGAGCAAUGCCGUUGCCGCUGGCUCAAAGUGGAGGAGGAGCUCGGCGCGUUCAAGGAAGUGCUGGCCAAAGCGGAGACAGAGCGAGGUGCUUUGGAGGUGAAGCUCAAGCAUGCACGCAAUCAAGUGGAUGUGGAGAUUCGCCGGAGGCAAAAGGCUGAGGCUGAAUGCGAGAAGCUGGAUCGUCAGAUCCAGUUGAUUCGUGAGCUUCUAGUGACGGACAGCUCCACGUGCAGUAUUCAGCUGAGUGAGGAGCAGCGUACUGCUCUGGCCUUUCUCAAUGCACGCUCACAAGCUGCAGCAUCAACCAAUCACAACACUAGCCACAGGUUGUCCCGGAUUGAUGAGUCUACCUCCGUAUUAUCAGACAUUAGUUAUGACAAGACUGAUGAUUCUUUGGACUGGGACUCGUCUGUCGUAAGAACAGUGAGGCUGAGGAAGCGACAGAAAAGGCGUUCCUCCAGAAACCAUGUGGAUGGCCCACCAGAUGCUGUGAAAAAAGCACGCUCCACAGGAAGAACCUCUGAGAAGGGAAAUGAGUCCAUUGUUGCUCGAACGAUGGUCACAGUGCCUGCUGACGGUGGGCCCAUCGAGGCUGUCUCCACCAUCGAGACCAUUCCCUACCUCACUCGGAGCAGGAGGAAGACCAGUGAGUUUGUCUGGAGCACAGACACUGAUACAGACACUGUGUCUGAGUGUGUUAGUGGAACUCCCAGCAGUGUGCCUGUGAGUGAGCCCAUUACUCCAAAAAACAACAGAGGAACCAAGCUGCACAUCUUUGUCUCCAAAACGGUGAUCAAACCAGAGACCUGCACUCCUUGUGGGAAAAGGAUCAAGUUUGGAAAGCUGUCUCUGAAGUGCCGUGACUGCCGCCUGGUGGCCCAUGAGGAGUGCCGAGAGCGUUGCCCGCUACCCUGUACACCCAAUCAAGGCAACACCCCUAUCAGGAGCACAGAGGGCAUCCUUGCAGAUUAUGUCUCUGACCGUUCUCCCAUGAUUCCCAUGUUGGUUGUGCACUGCAUCAGUGAGAUAGAGAAGAGAGGGCUUCAUGAGACAGGUCUGUACCGUGUGUCUGGUGCUGACCGCACAGUGAAAGAACUCAAGGAGAAAUUCUUACGAGGGAAGACGGUACCCUCCCUCAGCCAGGUAGAUGACAUCCACGCGGUAACGGGUCUGUUGAAAGAUUUCCUCCGAAAUCUCAAAGAACCUCUCCUCACCUUUCGCCUCAACCGUCCCUUCAUGCAAGCAGCAGAAAUUGCUGAUGAUGACAACAGCAUUGCAGCAAUGUACCAGACCAUUAGUGAGCUGCCUCAGCCAAACAGGGACACGUUGGCUUUUCUCAUUCUUCACCUCCAGAGGGUGGCUGAAAGCACAGAUACUAAGAUGGACAAAUUCAACUUGGCUCGAGUGUUUGGACCCACCAUUGUCGGACAUGCUGUCCUAGAACCAGAUCACAUGACCAUGCUGCAGGAUACUCAGCGCCAGCCAAAGGUUGUUGAGCGGCUCCUUAGCUUGCCAGUGGAGUACUGGCGUCAAUUCAUACAAGACCAAGAGAAUGUCUACCCACAAAGCACAUUUUCAGGAAAUGGUAACGGCUUUAGCACCCCGGAGCACAAAGUGAGUAUCCUGGGGCCCCUCACCACUCCAGAACAGCAGAUGGUCAAGACCCCCUCCUCCAGCUCUCUGACACAGCGUGUGAAGUCUACUCUGUCUAAGAACACUCCAAUAUUUGGAGGGAGCAAGAGCAAACCCUGUGUUGGCUUCAGUCGCCCAGUUAACUUCUUUUCCUCCCCUUCCCUGAAGUGA